AUCAGUUUCUUAACGGAAAGCAAACCAACUAGUUCGCUGCGGAUAAAAUCGCGAAAAGUUUUUUUUAAUUUAACCCAGAAAAAAGUUUCAAAUCCUUUUUUUCACAAAAGUUAAUUUGUGUGUUUAAAAAAAAAUAAAAAUCCUUGUUUUAUUUUUUGUGAAUUUCUGUUCAGUUCAGUUCAAUAAAAAAGAAAAUAUUAAAUAUGCCUUCAAACAUGAAUAAUAAACUCGACCCAAUGUUUAGUAGUAGUAGUAGUAGAAGAGAGUUUCCAAGUUCAAGCGCCAGCUGCGGUGGUAAAUCACGCACCAUGUCUACCUCUUCCAACGCCACGACCAUGUCAAAUGAGUCAUACUGUAUCUCUCUCGGCGUAGGGCCUCUGUGGUGGUCCGAUGUCCCUACCCACCACAGAACAGAUCACGAUAGGGCGUCAUUCUUAGAAGAUUUUAACCGUAAAGCAUCCGUAAGCUCCGUUGGAAGCAACAUCUCCAUAACAUCUUCGGAGUUUUCUGAUAUUGAGUAUGCUGAUUCGACACCUGACGAUGUUAUUUCAACUUGCUCCGAUGACGAUUGCCAAGAGGUCGUCAAGAAAAUUCUUCAACAUCAACGACCAAUGCGCAUUACCAUCAAGUUGCACAUUACUGAAAGAAAAUACACCAAAUGGGAUACGGUCCUCAACCCGUUGAACAACAUUUUGUACGUCGUGAUGCCAGAGGUUCUUCCUCCAGAAGCAUCAAAGCAAUCCUUCAUUUCAUUGUUGGAAUUUGCUGACGAAAAAUUGGACGCUGACGCUGUAGUUCUCUGCAUGCGUAAGGACCGUCCAGACCGUGCACGUUUGGUACAAACUUUCUUGAUUCUUGGUUUCCAACCGUUGUCGCGUAAAUCUCCACUCGCUCCACCAGCAGAGAAGGUUGAAAACAACAAUUGUUUCCUCAUCUACAACAUCGAGGAAUAAAUAAACAUUAGAACAACAAUCGUCACAAGUAUUUUCAUCAGCAAUACAAAUUUAAAAUCAUCAUAAUCAAUAUCAGAGAUGUCUUGGGUCUUGAAACAACAACAAAAAC